AGUAAAAAACAGGCGGAACAAAUUUGCGAUUGGCGCGCCACCAUUAGAGCGCCGGACUGCAACUCCGGCAGGUAGGGUUUCGGUGCAUACGACACGUGGUGGGCGUGCCCAAGGCUAUAUAACGACCCCGCCCUCCCGCAGCGCCGCCUUCGUUCCUCGCACCACCAUCUCCUCCUCCAGUCGUCGCAAGCGCUAUCCGGACAGGGGCGGGAGCUCGGGAAGGAGAGAGAGGAAGCAGGGAGAGAGGCGAGGGAGCGGAGCAUCGACGAGAUGCAGAUCUUCGUGAAGACGCUGACGGGGAAGACCAUCACCCUCGAGGUGGAGAGCAGCGACACCAUCGACAACGUCAAGGCCAAGAUCCAGGACAAGGAAGGCAUCCCUCCGGACCAGCAGCGCCUCAUCUUCGCGGGGAAGCAGCUGGAUGAUGGCCGCACCCUGGCCGACUACAACAUCCAGAAGGAGUCCACGCUGCACCUGGUGCUGCGCCUCCGCGGGGGCACCUGGAUCGAGCCCAGCCUCAAGGAACUCGCCCAGAAGUACAACCAGAAGAAACUGAUCUGCCGCAAGUGCUAUUCACGCCUGCCGCUCAGGGCUACGAAUUGCCGCAAGAAGAAAUGUGGCCACAGCAACCAGCUGCGGCUGAAGUCGAAAAGGCGUUGGUUCUGUUGAAGAGCCACACAUCAGUUGGAUCAGCUAUCUACUUGUCUCAGCUUAUCAAGACUGGCAGAACUUCUAAAUGUCUUGGUGUAAUGUUCCUGCUGGAUGUGGAGCAUUGUCUCUUUUGAACAGUUGGUUAUUUUUCUCUGCAUGCUUAGGACAUGUGAUGAUUGUAAUAUGGCAGCUUAACUCUUUUUGGCUGGAUUGAGCACUUACCUAAUUUCUAUAUAUGCUGCUCUGUUUUCAA